CUUCCGUCCGAUGUUCUGCCUUAUCCCCCCGGUGACAUUACAACCCGCUCGGAGAUAACGUAUUUCACGUUUGAGAGAUGGGAAACCUGCCGUUCUUGACAAGGUCUGAUGCAGUCGUGUCUGAAAAAACUAAUGGCUUCAAGGUCAGGAGCAUCAGGAGGGGCAUCACGUAUUACUGUGCUCCCCUCGCCGCACCAGGAGCACUCUAUCCAGCCAGUGACAGGACAACUCCGUGCUCCCCUCCUCCGGACUCCUGUCUUUGUGACGCCUCCUCUCGAGACACUUCCUCCACUCAUUUGCUCUCUGAUCCACGUUCGUCCUCGUCUCCUCGCCCGCUCCUCCUCUUCUUCGCCUGGCUUGGAGCCCAGCCGGGGGCGGUUGCAAAGUACUGGGACCUGUACCUGGAUCGUGGCAUGGAUGUCCUCCUGGUUCAGAGCAGCGUCAUGGACUUCCUGUGGCCUCGAUGGGGGCUGGAAUAUGGCGCUGAGAUCUUGAAGGUCCUGGAGAAGCCAGAGUUCUCAGGGCGGCCCGUGCUGGUUCACGCCACCUCCAUCGGCGGCUACACCUUCUCCCAGCUCCUCAUCCACAUUUCUCAGGGACAAACAAAAUCUGCCGCUCUAGCGCAGAGGGUGACGGGGACCAUCUUUGACAGCUUGGUGGCUGGCACUCUGGAGCACAUGGCAGCAGGUCUCGGAAAGACGCUGGCGCCACGUUUGGAGGGCUUCAUUAAAAAUGCGGUCACCCUUUACUUCUGGCUCUUCAGAAGCUGCACCGUGGAUUUCUACAACAGGGGUGUGGAGGUUUUCCACAACAACCCCAUCACCUCGCCGGCUCUCCUCUUCUACUCCGAAAACGACGCCAUGUGCGACUUGGCCGUCUUGGAAAAUGUUAUUGCCUCCUGGAAGGAAAGAGGCGUGACCGUGAAGAGCAGGAAGUGGAAGAAGUCAGUACAUGCUGCUCACAUGCGAUGUCACCCAGAAGAAUAUCUUUCGACACUGAACGAAUUCUUGAACUCGUUGCCUCAAAGCAGAAAUGUCAUAUACUGAAGCACGAGAAAAACCCCCAAAACAAAACAAGUUUAGAAACUACAUUUUUGGAUCUCUACAAAGCACCCUUUUGUCAAGUGAGAGAAUUUUUUUCUUUUUCGCAUUAUAAAGGAAUUUCUCAGUUUCUGACUUCAACAUAUGGAUUGUAAUUAAGGUCCGGUGUUAUUUCUUAUGCAUGAAAAAGUCAAGCCAUUGGAACUCACGGUUACUGACCAGAUUUGCACUUUAGUUGCUUUCUGCAUAACGUGUCAUUAAAUUAAAUGUGCUGUGUUUUAAACA